GAGCAUGUGAGUCCAAAGCCCUAAUUACCCCUCAUGAGCGAUUAAAAACGGUCUAUUUUUGACAAUUUUGACAUAUGGUGCAUCUGUAUACAGUAAUCACCUUUCUGUAUUCAGUAAAACUACCAAUUUCAGCACUUCAUCUCUGCGUGAUGUCAUUCGGAAUCCGGCAACAGGCCUGAAUUAUCUCGACAAAAUCAUGCAGCCAGUACCAAGAUGCAACCUUAUAAAGCCAGCAUUUCAUCUCAUUUGUUUCCUGUUCGAUAAGAAUAUCAAGCCUUCAGCUUAAACAAGCAACCUCAAUUUUACUCGAUAUCCACAUUAUCACGAACAAAAUCAAAUUCCAACCAUGGCAGCUGUUUCGAACGGUUCUGAGUACGACUUCAUCAUCGUGGGUGGUGGCACUGCAGGUAAUGCAGUUGCUGGCCGCCUGGCUGAAAACCCUGACAUCCGCAUUCUAAUUGUCGAAGCUGGAAUUCCGAACCCAGAUCAAAUUGAUCAAAUAACCACCCCAUCAAAGGCAUUUAGCCUUCGUGGCAGCAAGUAUGACUGGGCCUAUAAAACGACGAUGAUCAAGCGCGACGACUAUGAGCGAAUCGAAAAGCCAAAUACCCGUGGAAAAGCCCUUGGUGGAAGCUCAUGUGCCAAUUACUUCACCUGGAUCCCAGGCUCCAAGCCCACUUUUGAUGACUGGGAGGAGUUCGGUGGUCGAGAUUGGAAUUGGGACAACUGUGUGGAUUACCUACGCAAAUGCGCCACUUAUCAUGAUGACGAAAAGCUUUAUCCAACUGAAUUGAGCAAGAUUGGUACAGGAGGGCCUGUGCAGAUCGCUCAUGCUGACCUGGUGCCGGAGAUGCAGCCGUUCCGUGAUGCACUCACUCAAGCAUGGGUUUCCAAGGGUCAACCUCUGACAGAAGACAUCUACUCCGGUGAAAUGAAAGGACUUACGCACUGUGUGGAUACGAUCUACCAGGGCGAGCGCCAGGGUAGUUUCCUGUAUCUGAAGAACAAGCCAAACGUGACAAUACUUUAUGGGGUUCAAUCAAAGCGUUUGAUUAUUGAUCCCGCAACAAAAGUCUGCUCUGGUGUUACUGUUGUCAGCGAAGCCUUUAACACUGAGAUCAGCGUCUAUGCUAGUCGUGAGGUGAUUUUGUCACAGGGCGUAUUUGAGACUCCCAAGCUUCUUAUGUUGAGCGGUGUUGGCCCGGCGGCUGAACUGGCUAAAAACGGGAUUGACACCAUUGUGGAAUCCCCCCAUGUCGGUCAACAUCUGCUAGAUCACCCAAUCGUACCUUUUGUGCUCCAGAUCAAGGAUGGACUUGGUUUAGAUGAUCACAUCCUUCGCUCCGGUUCUCUCAACGAAGCAGCACUAGCCCAGUACAAGCGUGACAAAACAGGCCCUAUCAGCUCCGGAUUGUUAGAACUUGUCGGAUUCCCCCGUAUUGAUGAACGCCUGGAGAAGUACCCAGAAUAUCGGGAGGCCAAGGCUGCAAAUGGAGGUCUGGAUCCAUUUGGACCAGCGGGACAACCUCACUUUGAGCUAGACUUUGUUGGCAUGUUUAGUACCGCGUUCCAGUGGCACUACCCAGUGCCCGAGAAAGGCAGCUAUAUGACUGUUAUUGUCGAUCUGCUGCGACCCCUGUCUGAAGGCGAAGUUAAAUUGAAUAGCUCAAGCCCACUGGUGCAACCAAACAUCAAUCUCAACUUCUUUGGUAAUGACCUAGAUAUUUUGGCAAUGAGUGAAGGUGUACGCUGGACAUAUGAUGUUCUUACCAACGGUGCCGGAUUCAAGGACAUUGUCGUCGCGGAGUAUCCUUGGAAAAUGCCUCUCCAGUCCGAUAAAGAGAUGAAAGCCGCUGUUUUGGAUCGAAGCCAGACUGGAUUCCACCCUUGUGGUACGGCACGUCUCUCGAAGAGCAUCCAUCAAGGUGUCGUUGACUCAAAACUUCGAGUCCACGGCGUGCGCAAUCUCCGGAUUGCUGACGCUUCUAUCAUCCCUGUCAUCCCUGACUGUCGUAUCCAGAAUUCAGUGUACAUGAUUGGCGAGAAAGCCGCUGAUAUUAUCAAAUCCGAACACAAGGAUCUUUAUCAGGCGAAGAAUAUUCCUUACUUUGUCUCGAGCAGACUAUAAGGUUGCCUGUAGUUUCAAGAAGGAGAAUAAAUUGCCAUGUAUCCAACAGUGAUCACUCACUUUGGCGGAAUAGAAUUAGGAAGCCAUUAUCACUUUUUAUUUGGCUUUUUGCUUUUAGUUUACAGCAUUAUAUCAUCGAAAAUAUAUAUUGAAGCUUGUCCAUUAA